CAAAUGACAUUCUGCUGAAUGAGCGGUACUCAAAACGCUUUUUGUGAUCAAGGUAUUUCCUUCCAUUGUAGGUUAUUCUAAGCAGCGUGAUGUUAUGGUCGGUAUGGAGCAAAAAGACUCUUUUAUUGGCGAUGAAGCACAAUCGAGGCGUGAUAUUUUAAAUGUACGGUACCCUAUUGAGCAUGGUAUCGUUACCCACUGGGAGGACAUGGAGAGAAUCUGGUAUCAUACAUUCUACACCGAACUACGCGUAGCGCCCCAUGAGCAUCCUGUGCUGCUAACUGAACCACCGUUGAAUCCGAAAGCAAAUCGUGAAAAGAUGAUUCAGAUCAUGUUUGAGACUUUCACAACUCCCGCGGCCUAUAUUUCCAUCGAUGCUGUUCUAUCGCUCUAUGCUUCCGGACGAACAACGGGUGUCGUCCUGGAUUCAGGUGAUGGUGUCACUCAUAGUGUACCUAUUUAUGAAGGCUACUCCUUACCUCGUGCAAUUUCUAGCCUAGACAUGGCUGGCCGCGAUAUCACUAAUCAUAUGGCACUCAUGUUAGCUGAAAGCGGUUACUCAUUUACUACAACGGCGGAAAGGGAGAUUGUUCGAGAUAUAAAGGAAAAAUUAUGCUUUGUAGCUCUUGACUUUGAAGAGAAAAACUCAACGAAUGAAUUUUUGGAGAAAGCAUACGAGUUACCUGACGGCCGGCACUUUACCGUUGGUAAUGAACGUUUCCAAGCUCCUGAAGUCCUAUUUCAACCAUCGCUGCUGGGUCUCGAGGGACCUGGUAUACACGAAACAAUCUACAAUUCCAUUAUGGGAUGUGAUGUGGAUAUUCGUAAGGAUUUAAACUAUAAUAUUGUAUUGUCGGGAGGCAAUACCUUGUUUCCUGAACUAGCAGCUCGCUUACAAAUAGAAAUGGCACGUCUCGCCCCUUGCUCCAUGAAAGUCAAAAUUAUAGCACCCCCAGAAAGGAACUAUUUGGUCUGGAUGGGUGGAUCUAUCUUAGCCUCCUUGUCAACGUUUCAGCAAAGGUGGUUAUCGAAGGAAGAAUACGAUGAAUAUGGACCUACCGUUGUUCAUAGGAAAUGCCUUUAAAAAGUGAAUAUCUUUUACCCGCUCUUGCAAGGAAGGAAAUCAUGAUUUUACUAUUUGCCUUUUUAUGACAGAAACACCUCCCCCGCUUAUUACCCAUAUACUAAAGACGAGUCUAAUGU